GUGUGUCCUGUAGCCAAUAAUACCGGCUGAAGGCAGUGACGUUAACGGAAGUACAGGAUUUGGUAGGAGCCUUUCGAUAAUUACCGCCACUAGUUCUCUGGUGCUUGUAAGGCAAUUAGAAGGCAAAGAUGUCCGAGAGAAAAGUAUUAAAUAAAUACUACCCACCGGAUUUUGACCCAUCAAAGAUCCCCAAACUCAAGCUCCCCAAAGACCGGCAGUACGUGGUACGGUUGAUGGCACCCUUCAACAUGAGGUGCAAGACAUGUGGAGAGUACAUCUAUAAGGGAAAGAAGUUCAAUGCUCGGAAGGAGACGGUGCAGAAUGAAGUCUAUCUGGGCCUUCCCAUCUUCCGCUUUUAUAUUAAGUGCACCCGCUGCCUGGCAGAGAUAACAUUCAAGACGGACCCACAAAACACAGACUACACAAUGGAGCAUGGGGCCACACGGAAUUUCCAGGCUGAGAAGCUCCUGGAGGAGGAGGAGAAGAGGGUACAGAAAGAAAGGGAGGACGAGGAGCUCAACAACCCCAUGAAGGUGCUGGAGAACCGGACCAAGGACUCCAAGCUGGAGAUGGAGGUGCUAGAGAACCUGCAGGAGCUCAAGGACCUGAACCAGCGCCAGGCCCAUGUAGACUUUGAGGCCAUGCUGCGGCAGCACCGCCUGUCCGAGGAAGAGCGGCAAAAGCAGGAGCAGGAGGAGGAUGAGCAGGAGACAGCGGCCUUGUUGGAGGAAGCUAGAAAAAGAAGACUGCUGGAGGACUCCGACUCUGAGGAUGAUGCUGUUCCUCCCCCGCCCAGGCCUGCCCUGCGGCCCAGCCCCACUGCCAUCCUGGAUGAGGCCCCAAAGGCCAAGAGGAGGGUGGAGAGCUGGGAGCAGAGCAUCAGCAGUCUGGGCAGGCCUCGGCUAUCUGGCCUGGUGGUGGUGAAGAAGACAAAGGCAGGUGCAGAUCAAAACACUGGGCAGGGCCAGGUGGCACCAGGCACCCUGCAGAGCAGGAAGGUAGCUGACCCUACGCCCUUACCACCUGCCACCUCCUCCCUGAGCCAGCUGGGUGUGUAUCUGGACAGUGAUGACAGCAAUGGCAGCAACUGAGCCAGGUCAAGGGUCACAAGACCAGUUUCAGCCCAUCGGAGGCCGGUGUUGCUGGUAGUCAGGGCAGGUAGCCUUGGCACCGACCAGAUCCGCAAGGGAUAAGCAGCAGUUUGGCAGAGCCAGCAAGCUCUUUAGCCAGGACUCAGUUUCCCUCCUACCCACACCAGCCCUGCAGCACCUCAGGGACCCCUGACCCUUCUGCCCUACCUGGCCCUGUGCUGAGGGCUGGGGCAUCCCUGGAGCAUCUCUUUUCUUCCAAUGUGAUUUCAAGGUCCUCUCUGGGACACUGCUGGACAUCUUGGUCACAUUUUGGGCAUGUGGGUACACCCACCCACCCCCAGCAGACUCCAUCCCUUCCCUCCAUGGAACUGUCUGGAUCCAAUAAAAGGAAUCCGCCUAACUGGCCUGGAUGUCUUCUCCCUGCCAGUGUCUGAGGCGAAGGCUCUGUCACGCAGUUCAGGUGUUAUCCAAGAUGUUUAUAGUUGCCUCCGUAUGCACCAAGCCCAGGGGCUGGGCUUUUGCAGCACAGUCCUUUGUGCCAGAGGUCAGCUUUCCCCUGCUGGUGAUACUGGGCUUGGUCCCUGUUACUGUGCUUCUCCACACAAUGUCAGGACAAACCACCUCACAGGUGCUUCUUUGUGAAUGUCUGUGAAUACUGCUUUAGAAUGGACACUGUGAAAUGCAGGCUCAAAGGAAUUCCAUAUGCUUCAUUUUAAAAUAUGCUACAAAUUUGCCUUCAAAGGGGCUAGAACUAGGAUGUUCAUACUCACCAAGGGUGGAAGUCACCAGCUUUGCCAUUAGUAGAAGAGGACACAGUCUGUGCAAAGGCCCUGGGGCAGGACUGUACCUGGGCAUGUUGGAGGCACAGUGAGGAGGCCUGAGUGGCUGCAGCUGAGUGAGUAGGGGCAGAGAUGGAGGUGGGGAGGGUGGGGAGAGGACAAGGCAGGUCGUGCAGGGCCUUGUGUACCAUAAGGAGGAGUUUGGGUUUUAUUCUGCAAAUAAUGAAAGGUCAUGUGAGCAUUUUAAGAACAGAACUGACAUGAUCUUAUUUACAUUUUUAAAAACCUACAGUUACUCUGGUUGUUUCAUGGAGAAAUAUGAAGGUGGCACCUUGUAAGGUGAGUGCCAGCAUACUCACUGUACAGGGGAGAAACUGAGGUUCAGAGAGGGAAAGUGACUUGCCCAGGGUGGCUGUGGUGGUUUUAAUAUAUGUUCACAAAUUCUCUGAUACACCUCUCCUUAUUUUUUAUUUCAUUUUAUUAUUAUUAUUUUUUUGAGACAGAGUCUCACUAUGUUACCCUUGGUAGAGUACUAUGGCGUCACAGCUCACAGCAACCUCAAAUUCUUGGGCUUAAGCAAUUCUCUCGCCUCAGCUUCCCAAGUAGCUGGGACUACAGGUGCCCACCAUAAUGCCUGGCUAUUUUUUUUGUUGUAGUUGUCAUUGUUGUUUAGCAGGCUCGGGCUGGGUUUGAAUCCACCAGCCUCAGUAUAUAUGGCCAGUGCCCUAACCACUGAGCUACAAGCACUAAUCCUGAUACACCUCUCUUUAAUUGGUAGUGGAGCCUAAUCCCCCUCUCCUGGAGUGAAGGCUAUAUUUAAUGACUCUAUUUAGUGCCUUUAGUGGAGAGGACAUCAUGUGACAUCUGAGACUAGGUUAUGAAAGACAUCUUGGCUUCCUCCUUGACCUCUCUCAAGCAAUCUUGGACAACUCAAUCUGGGAUAAGCCAGUGGCCAUGUUGUAAGGAAUCUUACAAUCUUAUGGAGAAGUGGGGGAGGAACUGAGGCUUCCCACCAACAGCCGUGUGAAGGAGCCAGCUUGGAAGUGGCUCCUCCAGCCCCACUCAAACCUUCAGGUGAGGUAGCUCCAGCCAACAGCUUAACUACAACCUCAUGAGAGACCCUGAGCCAGUACCACCCAAUUUAGCCCAUUCUGGAUUUCCUACAUCAGAAACUAUUAGAUAGGGCAGCGCCUCUGGCUCAGUGGGUAGGGCACCAGCCCCAUAUACUGAGAGUGGCGGGUUUGAACCUGGCACGGCCAAACUGCAACAAAAAAUAGCUGGGCGUUGUGGCAGGUGCCUGUAGUCCCAGCUACUCUGGAGGCUGAGUCAAGAGAAUCGCCUGAACCCAGGAGUUGUAGGUUGCUGUGAGCUGUGACACCACAGCACUCUACCGGGGGCGAUAAAGUGAGACUGUCUCUAAAAAAAAAAAAGAAACUAUUAGAUAAUAAAUGUAUGUUAGUAUACUAUGUUUUGGGAUGAUUGUUAUGUAGCAAUAGAU